UUUUAUGUCCAAAUUCUUUGUGAUGUCGUAAUAUUUAACAAAUUUUCGUGCUUACUGUGGACAAAACAGUUUUAUAAAUAACGUUUCCUCUCUUUAUGAGAGCCGCGUACAAAAGUAGAAUUUAUAAUAAUUUUGACAGUAGAGAUAUCUGAAACGUUGGUCAUAAGUGAGUAGUGAAAUGUCCAAUGUAUCGUAAACGGGUAAGGAUAAAGACGAUAGAGCUCAAUGGCUGAUCGCCUCAGCCCUCGAAGUUCGGAAGUAAAUGCCUUGGAACAACGAGGCUAUCUCAUCGGCAAGAAAAUCGGACAAGGCUCGUACGCCACGGUUCACUUGGCGGAGUACUGCGAUGGCUCUAGCCCGAAACGGAUGCACCUCGCUUGUAAAAUAUUCGACAAAGAGAAAGCGCCGCGUGAUUUUUUAGAAAAGUUUUUCCCUCGUGAGCUAGAAAUUUUAACUAAAAUCGAAAACCCGCAUAUUAUUCAGGUACACAGUAUCCUGCAGAGAGGACCCAGGGUAUUUAUAUUUAUGAGAUACGCUGAUAACGGUGAUCUACUGGAUUUCAUAAAAAGAAACGGAGUCGUGCCAGAAAACCAGGCUAAGCUAUGGUUCAGACAGAUGGCAAGCGGUUUGCAAUACCUUCAUAGUAAGAACAUCGCUCAUCGUGACCUUAAAUGCGAAAACAUAUUGUUAUCACGACGUUUUAAUGUCAAGCUAGCGGAUUUCGGAUUCGCCAGAUUUUGUACCGAUGGCGAAAAUCGUCGAGUCCUCAGCCAAACGUAUUGUGGUUCAGCAGCAUAUGCUGCACCGGAAGUCGUUAGUGGGACCCCAUACAAUCCUAAAUUAGCUGAUGUUUGGUCUCUCGGGAUUAUAUUAUUUAUAAUGCUGAAUGGCUCUAUGCCUUUUGAUGACACGAACCUGCGUAAACUUUUGAAAGAUCAAAUGUCACGUAAUUGGGUUUUUAGAUCUAGGAUCCGAGAUUCAGUAUCGCCAGCAGCCAAGUCGAUCGUUCGUCAUAUCCUCGAACCCGAUAUUACAUUGCGAUUGACACUUGACCGUGUACUCUCCCAUGAAUGGACGAGACCUAGGAAAGAUAAAAGUGCGAGCUUGAUGGGGCGACUAGUACAGUCUGCUCCAUCAGCGCCACAUUCGCCCGGCAAGCGUGAUCACGAUGAGGCAGGCACUUCAGCCGGUGUGCGAGUCUCCGGUGACCAUCGGGAGACAGAGAGAGAGCGCCAUGACGACAUCAACAUGCGCUCUCGCGAUUAAAAGUGGACAAGUAUACAAUCAUUUUUUUAUUUGGACAACAAACUUAGAAAUUUUUUAUACAUAUAUAUAUUUUACAAAUGACGACUUAACUGUUGUUAGUCGUCAGUAGAAAUAAAUUUUAUAAUAAACAA